GCCACUGACAGGAGUUGUGAGGGCAGGACAAGCGACGCCUGCAGGGUGUGGUGCAAUGGCCGCUGCCUGGCUGGCUGCGCCGCCUGCGCAAGUCGCGUCGACCUUCUCCGGGGCUACCAUGCGAUGGAGCAGCAUCAGCACCAUCACAUAUGCGAGUGCUCACUUUUUGCGACGAUGUCAUGGUUCUCUUACAGACGUCUCGAGGAAGGAGGCUGCUACCGUGCUGGACCUUACGAUCACCGGCCUUCUCCUGUCUCAUACCUCCUCGCACCCUCGCGCGACUUCUCUUUAUGGGCAAUUCCAUCGCUCUGUGCGGCGCCCCACCGACUUAUAGUUCACCGACUUUACGCGCAAAACGGC